GUCUGUCAAACACCAUAAAAGUGGUUGUUGCUGUUGGAAAUCUGUCGUUAGACUCGGUUACUAAUUUAAAUCCAGUUGUAUUAUUUCAAACUGUAAUGUUUUAGUGUCAUGUACUGUGUGAAGUUACCUUUAUCGUGAUUUGUAUAAGCGGGAAACAACCCAAGCAUUCGGAGUCAUUAUUUUCUCCGGUUAACAUGGAUAAAAUCGGUCACGCAGAUGUUGGUGACAUUCAGUCAAGGUUACUGGACCAUAGGCCAGUUCUACAAGGAGAGAUCAGGUACUUUGUAAGAGAAUUUGAGGAGAAGCGGGGCUUUAGGGAGUGCCGUCUCCUAGAAAACCUGAAUAAGUUGGUGACUGAGACCGAUGACCAAGUGCUGCCCAGAUGCACCAAGAUCAUGCAAGCGAAUUUACUUGAUGCUCUCGGUUGCUUGGAAACUGUAAAUCAUAUGAUGCAGAGAAUCCAGCAGAGGGAGCUAGAAACCCAGCAGAGCAUAUUUCUUCAGGAGGGAAUGGAGAAGUGCAAAGCAGACUGUGAGGACUUCCUGAAGGAGCAGGCUCGGCUAAAAGAGGAAGUGGAUGAAGAGCACGUGAAAGCUGUGAGCAGACUCAGUACCCUGUACAGCGAGAUGAAGAAAGACCUUGCCAAGUUCUCACGCUUCUGAUGUCCUCCAUGAAUGUUCCUGUUUUUGGACAAUAUUUUUGUUAAUUGGUCUACGGCACAGGAAAAUGUUCCUCUGCAGACACGUGCCACCUUUCAACAAGAUGAACAAAGUAUAGAGAAGACCUAUGGACACCUGUCAUUUGUUUUUCAGAGAAUCAUCAUGCCUGCUUUAUUUAGGCUCUGUAAGUACCCUGAAGAAAAAAAAAUGGAAUCUGUGUGUUUUACAUAAAAAUAUUUGGUUAUUAACCUAAAUGUGAUUUCAUUGCUAUGUUUUACUGAAAUAAACUGAUCUCCGAGCUUGAA